AUGAAAUCAGUUAACGUUGCAAUUAUUGGAUCAGGAGUGGUUGGUUCUGCUUACAUCAACCAAUUGAAAAACCUUACCAGUUCUAUUGGUUUUAAAGUCAUCUACUUGGCCAGAUCUUCAAAAGAAGCUUUAUUCUCCAAAGAUUAUUCUCCUGUUGAUUUAAGUACUUAUAAAUCUGCUGCGAGUCAACCAGUUUUAUCAUUAUCAGACUUAAAUGAAUUCUUGAAGAACAGUGGUAAACCAACCAUUUUAGUUGACAACACUUCCAACGAAACUAUUGCCAACUUUUAUCCAAAUUUUAUCAAAUCAGGAAUUUCCAUUGCUACUCCAAACAAAAAGGCUUUCUCAUCAGAUAUCUCCGUUUGGAAUGAAAUCUUCGAAAGUUCUAAAACUGGAGGUUUAGUAGGUCAUGAAGCAACUGUAGGUGCUGGUUUACCAAUUAUUGAACCAUUAAAUGAUUUAGUUUUAACUGGGGAUAAAAUCGAUAAAAUUGAAGGUAUCUUUUCUGGUACCUUAUCAUAUAUUUUCAAUGAAUUUUCAACUACUGAUGGUUCUAACAACACUAAAUUUAGUGAUGUUGUUAAAGUUGCUAAGGAUUUAGGUUAUACUGAACCUGAUCCAAGAGAUGAUUUAAAUGGUUUAGAUGUUGCUAGAAAAGUUACUAUUUUAGCUAGAAUUUCAGGUUUAAAUGUUGAAUCUCCAACUUCUUUCCCUGUUGAAUCAUUGAUUCCUAAAGCUUUAGAAUCAGUUGAAUCUGCUGAUGAGUUCAUGGAAAAAUUACCAAAUUUUGAUGAUGAAAUCCAAAAAAUUAAAGAUGAAGCUUUUGCUGAAAACAAAGUCUUAAGAUUUGUUGGAUCAGUUGAUUUGAAAACUAACAAAGCUUCAGUUGGUAUUGCUAAAUAUGGCUUCGAUCAUCCAUUUGCUUCAUUAAAAGGUUCAGAUAAUGUUGUUUCUAUUAAGUCAGAAAGAUAUCCAAAUCCUUUAGUUAUUCAAGGUGCUGGUGCUGGUGCUGAAGUUACUGCUCAUGGAGUUUUAGCUGACACCAUCAAAAUCGCUCAAAGAAUCGCUAUCUAA